UGCUAUAUAACUAGUGUUGAUAUUGAAGCCACUGAGGGCUAUGUCAUUCUGAGUCCAAGAAUAAGAGGAGCCAUGACAGAUUACAUUGUAAAAGAAAACCUUCGAGAUAAGUUUCCUCAGAAGCUUGAUUCCAAUAUUGAAUUGACUGGGGAUGAAGAAAUCAAUGAUAACCCAAUUGAAGAAGUUAGGCUCACGGUUCCAAUCACUGACGACCCAUCAGAGCCAGCCUUGACAUUUCGAACAUGGACUCUUGGCUUCAUAGGAUGUGUCGUUCUGGCUUUUGUGAACCAAUUUUUUGCAUACCGCCAAAAUCAGCUGUAUAUUUCCUCAGUGUCAGUACAAAUUAUAGCGCUCCCAGUCGGGAAGUUAAUGGCCGCAUACCUACCAUCCAAGCCAAUAAGAUUCCCAUUCACAAAAUGGUCCUUCUCAUUGAAUCCGGGGCCAUUCAGUUUGAAGGAACAUGUUUUGAUCACCAUCUUUGCCAGUGCUGGGGCUGGUGGAGUGUAUGCAGUUCAUAUUUUUACUAGUACCAAUGCUUUCUACAAGAGGAAAAUCUCUCCAGUUGCAGCCUUUCUUUUAUCACAAACUACCCAGAUGCUUGGUUAUGGAUGGGCUGGAAUUUUCAGGAGAUACCUUGUGGAAUCACCUUAUAUGUGGUGGCCUGCAAACCUGGUCCAAGUCUCUCUAUUCAGGGCAUUGCAUGACAAAGAAAAGCGACCCAAGGGAGGAACAUCAAGGCUACAAUACUUCUUCAUGAUUUUUGUAGCAAGCUUUGCUUACUACAUUGUCCCAAGCUAUUUUUUCCCCUCAAUAGCGGCUCUCUCCUUUGUUUGUUGGAUUUGGAAGGACUCCAUCACUGCUCAACAGAUUGGUGGAGGAAUCCAGGGUCUUGGACUAGGCUCAUUUGCCCUUGACUGGUCUGCUGCAGCCAGCUUUUUGGGUAGCCCCUUAGCCACACCCGCGUUUGCUAUUGUCAAUAUGUUUGCGGGGUUUGUCUUGACUGUCUAUAUCCUUACCCCAUUUUUUUAUUGGAAUAAUGUAUAUGAUGCGAAGAAGUUUCCAAUCUUUUCCUCUCACACUUUCGAUCGCGAUGGUCAAACCUACAACAUAUCGAGAAUUCUGAAUGAAAAGGAAUUCGAUAUUGAUCUCGUCAGUUACAACAGCUACAGCAAACUUUAUCUAAGUACCAUAUUUACUUUCACUUAUGGGUUGAGCUUUGCAACUCUAUCAGCUAGUCUUACACAUGUGGCAAUAUUUCAUGGAGGAACAAUCAUAAAUCUCUGGAAAAAGACGACGACUACAGCAAAAGAACAGCUCUCAGACGUGCAUUCAAGAUUAAUGAAGAAGAACUAUAAAGAAGUCCCUCAGUGGUGGUUUAUUGCUAUCUUAGUUUCAAUGGUGGGUCUUGCUUUGCUUACAUGUGAAGGGUUUGACGGACAGCUCCAACUUCCUUGGUGGGGACUCCUCAUGGCCUGUGCCGUUGCACUGAUUUUCACCUUACCCAUUGGAAUAAUUCAAGCCACAACAAAUUUGCAACCAGGGCUAAACGUGAUCACAGAAAUGAUUAUUGGGUAUAUUUAUCCAGGGAAGCCCCUUGCUAAUGUGGCUUUCAAGACCUAUGGCUAUAUUAGCAUGGCACAAGCACUCUAUUUCCUCAGUGACUUAAAACUAGGUCACUAUAUGAAGAUCCCUCCAAGAGCUAUGUUCAUUAUACAGUUUUCUGGAACACUAGUUUCUUCAACUGCCUACUUCUGCACAGCGUGGUGGCUUCUUGAAUCUAUUGACAACAUAUGUAAUCCAGAUUUGUUGCCCGAGGGAAGUCCAUGGACAUGCCCAGGAGAUGAUGUUUUCUACAAUGCUUCAAUUAUAUGGGGAGUCAUAGGCCCGCUCAGAAUGUUCGCAAGGCUUGGUGUCUACCCAGAAUUGAACUGGUUCUUCCUCGUUGGCUUCCUCGCCCCUUUUCCCGGCUGGUAUCUUUCUCGCAAAUACCCCAAUAAAAAGUGGCUAUCGCUUAUUCACACGCCUAUCCUCCUUGGAGCUACAGGAAACAUGCCACCAGCUAGAGCAGUGAACUACUGGGUUUGGGCAGCUGUUGGACUUUUCUUCAACGCCUAUAUUUUCAGAAGGUACAAGACAUGGUGGGCUAGACACAACUAUAUCUUAUCUGCUGCUUUAGAUGCUGGAGUUGCCUUUACGGCAGUUAUCCUUUUCUUUGCCCUGCAAUCCAAGGACAUUGUUGGUCCAAACUGGUGGGGUCUGGAUAGUAGCGACCACUGUGAUUUGGCUGCAUGCCCCACAGCUCCUGGAAUCGUGUCCGAGGGGUGCCCUGUUCUUUGAGAUGCUUAAGCAAAUUACCAAGACCAAUGCUGAUAAAGAUCAAAGAUGAGGCUUAGGAGUUCAUUAAUUUUAAUUGUUUUGCUUCAUAUUAGGAUAACGAUUCAAAUUCUGUAUUUAAUUAAAUUUUAAUUUCCAAGUUAA